AUGUCGCCUGACUCUUCUCCGCCCGUGGCUUCGACUGAACGAGUUGCGGACACACAACAUCAUGCUACAGGUGAUACUGUUACUGUUACGACGGGCGGCGCAACAUACGACACUCUACAUUAUGAACCAGUUGCUCGCAAUGACCAGCAGGACGACGAGCCGCAAGAUGAUGCGGUCUCAGAAACGAACACCGUUCUCUACGGACAGGAGCCAUUUGAGACAUUACAGCACAAAGUUGCCGAUCUAGCCGCCAAAAUCUUCCAGCGAAACCAACAAGACAUUUCAAUUCACGAAAUGAAGGGUGGCUCCUUCAACCGAGUCAUUGGCGUCACGCUCUCAACAAAGCCAAAGAUGUUUAGCUGGAUCUGGUUCACGUUCCGCUGCCUAGGCGCGCGCAAGAAGAAGGCGACCACACAGUGCGAGUCGUACAUUGUACGUGUUCCGCGAAUGAUGGACGAUGGUGACAAUGGUGCCGAAGCCAUGGCCGAAGACAUGAAGCGCCAGGUGGCGGUAUUGAAGACGACUAUGUCACGACUACCUUUGCCCACCCCCGAUGUCGCUAGCUACGAUACCACUACGGAAAACAUAUUUGGACGACCAUACAUGAUUCAAAAGCGACUUCCUGGCAGCAACCUUGCGGGGCGUUUUUGGGGUAAACUCAAUAUACAACAGAAACGAUGCAUGGCUAAGCAACUCACCGCUCUCGCACCUACCAUCGCUUCUGUGGAAGGUCCAGCCGGCGAUAUAGCGUCGCGAAACUUGUCCUGCCCUUCGACAACCCCGAUCGGUGUCGAUACGUUCUCCAUGACGGCUUACGGUGAUCAGCCAUCGUCCCGACCGACAUCGACCUGCAAGCCUCUCGACUUCCUCCUUGAGCGUUGCGAGCAGCAUCGUGCUUAUGACGCAUCUGAAGGAGUCAACUUUGACGAGGUCUGGGUGAGCUUCGCUAGGAUGUCAAAAGCUCUGGCAGCUCGUGGCUUCCUCGAUGGGCCCUGCGUACUCGUUCACGGCGAUCUCAAACCUUACAACGUUCUAGCGGAAGUACGUAGUGACACCCAGGCAGUGAUCACAGGCGUUAUCGACUGGGAUUCUGCCAUCAUCGCGCCCGAAUUCGUGGCUUAUAGAGCUCCGUUCUGGCUUUGGACGCCUGUGGAGAUGACUAGCGACGAGGAAGACGGGGAAUGGGUAGCGUCUGUGGAGCCAAUCACUGAGGAGGACAAGAUGAUGAAGCAGGUGUUCCUCGAUAACGCAUCGGAGAAAUACAAGCGCUUUGCAUUCUCCCGAGAGGCCAUGAUGGCUAGGCAAAUGUUUGAGAUAAUCCAUAAGGGCAUGUCCGAUGAGUGGGAGCAUGAUUUGGCAGAGAGCAUCAUCAUGGCGUGGGAUGACCUACACCCUGAGGAUGAUGUUCGUUACCGUAAAUCUUACUCUGACUCUGAGUCUGGGUCUGAUACUGAUUCUGACUCCGACUCUGACUCGAAAUCUACAUCAGAUGCGGAGAAAGACGAGUCAGUCGUUGCGAGAGAGAUAUCCGUUGUUGUAGAGUAG